GUAGUGACAGUUUGUUUUUCGUUCACUUUUAUUUGCGGUUAUGAAAUCCGUUUUUCUGUCUGCCGCUUUUGUAUUUUAUUUUGGAAAUCCUCAUUAUGGAUAAAAGUUUUCAUGGUAGCUUUUCAGGGAAAAGUCCAUUUUCUCCCAGAUCGCGUCAAAAUAUAAGUUCAAAGCGAAUACUUCCAACAUCAUUCAGAAAAUCCUCCCGGUUGAGUAUAUCUGGAAAAUCAUCUCAAUCUGUUCAAAUUGUACUGAAAGCAACUCACCAUUAUGUAGAACGUUUUGGACAAUCCCUGCCAGUUCUCAUCACAGAAGCUUUAACAUUUGCAGAUAGAAAUACUGUCGUUUCUGCACGAAUUUCUGAAAUUGGAUAUGCUUGGGUAGUUUGUGGAAGAAGGCUUUUGAUCUGGCAGUAUAGGCAAACUACAGUAGCCCCAGGUACACCACAAAGAAAAACUGGUAGUAUAAAUCAAUGUUUUGAGCUGCAAUUACCACAGAGCGAUUUAGCUCAUAGAGCUGAAUUGGUUGCAGUUUUCAUCAAUGCUGGUUCUAAUACCCCAUCAUGUAUUGCUGUAUCUCCAGAAGGUGUUGUUAGAUAUUGGCCAGCUGUAGCACAUGAAGGAGUCACAGUUGAGGAAACUGUGGAUCUACAAGGCCAAGAAUGUGACAGUUUAACAAACAUAGAUGGAUUAGGUUGCAUAUUGGCAACAACAACUUGCACUGUUGUACUUGUUCAACCAAUAAUGAACAAUGGUAGACAUAUCUUGAGCUGCAAACCACUCAGAACACCAAGUGGAUGGCUGGGUGGUAUCAGUAAGAGGAUGUCAUCACUGAUAUUUGGUCCCAUUUCCAAUGAGCAAACUAGUGAAACAAGAUUGGUUAGGGUUCUUAGUGUACCAAAUAAAAAAGGUACCUGGAUAGUCUAUGUUUUGGCUGGGCAUUCCCUUCAGAAAUGGAUACUGUCAAACCAAGAACCAGAACAGUUGGUGUCCAUCUCUGAAUUGAACAGGUUGGUGAGAGAUAGAUUCCACAGUGUGGUCUGGGACAAUUGGGUGGGUGACCAAGAUGAAAUUGACAUCUGGCUGUUGGACAUUCAGGCAGAUAAAGACAAAGAUAAUGUCAUUAUUUUUGCCGCUGCUGUCAAUAUGCAGAAAUCCUCCCAAGUGUACUAUGCCAUGAUAUCAUUUUCAACUGGUGGCUCUGUUUCCAUAAAAGAUUUCAUUUUACUUAAAAUAUCUGGACUAUACAGAGAAGAUAAUGCCAGUGAUUCUUUGUCCUAUAGAUUUUUAUUAAGUGGCUCAAGUGUUUAUAUGUAUAAUCUGAAAACAAUCAGAAUAAUGAGAUCUUCAGAAGAGCCUGAUGUGUUGGAAUUCAAUUCAUCACAAGAUUUUUUAUUAGGUGGAUCCAUUUGUGUUAAUACACCAGUAUUUUUCUCAAGACUGAAUGGUUUAGUAGCUGUUUGUACUAAUGAUCAGAUUUCGGAUUUUUUGAACCAAAGCACAACAUCAAAUACCCCAAUAGAGACUUCUUUCAAUGAAUCCACUGCUGUGAACAAUUUGUCUAUGUAUAAUUUAGACCCUGAAGAAAUAUACAAUGCCUACAAGGACACAGUUGGUCAGUUGAAAGCUGCAUUUAUUUUUCAUAUUAGAAAUCAGCAGAGCGCAUAUCAAGACAUCCUCAAUGAGCUCUUUCCCCAUGAAAACGCCCCAUCUACAAGCAUCAACAGUGCCCUGGAUAAAUGUGUGGUCCUGUUGUGCAAAGACCUGCUGGACGACAUUCCGGCCGGUGAUCCACGAUGGAACAAAGUUGCUUCUGCUGGCAUAGGGAGCUCAUAUGCCAUGCAAGUUCUCCAUCAGCUGGAGGAUAAGCAGAAGGCUUUGUCUCUGUAUUUCCGGUUCCUGAAGGAAUCGGGGAUCUGGAGCAGGUUGUCUGCUUGUAUUACGAGAGAUAGUGCUAUGCCUACCAUUUAUACUCUAGGGGAAUUUUCUGAGAAAAUCACUGCCGCAAUAGUUAUGAAAAGUCUCCCAAAUAGUUUAUUAAUAGAGAAUGCUCUGGAAAAAGCAAUUGAGCACUUUGAAACAGAACCAGGAAAUGGUCUAACAAAUCAGGAUGUGUUCUAUAGAGAAGUCACCAAAGUUCAAAGGGGUAUCCAGGAAAUAGUCAACUGUUGUGAAGAUUCUGCUCAUUCAGAUUUAAGCCCUGCCCAAGUUGCUCAAAUUGUUCAUGAUACUAAUGAAAUUGUUUUGACUGUCCUGAAUGAGGUUAUCCAAUAUCGUAAUCAGAACUCGGAUAAUUUCGUUCCUUCUGAAGAGACAAAAUCAUUGAAUCUGGAAUAUUUAUCAUGGACUGCAACAAGUGGGACCGAAGGUGUAGCAGAUGCCCUUUUACAACAACAUAGUUCAACAUUCAAUUAUGGACUGAAAUUAAUAAGUCAAGGACAGUUGAGAAAUUCGUUAUUAGAUCACCUUGUAGCACUCACUGAUUUAAUACUGGAUGGUAGGAAGUUUCAUUUAGAAACCAUCAAGAAUUCCCAGAAGGAGAGUAUUGUCUACAAGCAAUAUUGCUCUGACAGGCACAAAUUGAUCAAACCAUUAUUGAAUGAAAAGGAAUAUGAAAGGGCAGCUUUGUUAGCUGAAAAAUAUCUGGACUUUGAAACACUUGCUACAAUUUGUGAACUCAUGGAUAAUCAAACUAGGUUAGAUGAAUACAUGGACCGAUUCAACAAUGAGGGUUUUCCGGAAUUUGUUUAUAACUGGUUCCUCAAGCAAAACAAGCAAGGCAAACUGAUGGACAGGUAUAGGAAAUCAGGAAGAACAAAAAAUCUUGAAAAGCUAUCCAGUUUCCUUUCUGACCAUCCAUCCCUUUCUUGGAUGCAGCAAAUUUUUGAUCAUAAAUUUUCUAUGGCAGCAGAUACGUUAUGUAACCUUGCAAAUGCUGAAAGAGAGUCACUAACAAGACAAAAAACGAUGUUGAGCCUCAGUAAGUUAGCCAAACUUGCCGAUCCAAACCCAAGUGACACAAAUGAUUAUGUGAAUGAUAUAGAUGCUCGAUUGGACCUCAUUAUUUUUCAAGAAGACUUGCCAGAUUAUGUACUUCAACAGUUUGGAUAUGAUACCAUGAAACCUUGUGUUAUACCCCCCAAAGAUCUAGUGAAUUUAUAUUUUUGCAAUGAAUACACAGACGCUGGAGAACUUGAAUUCAAAAAAGCUCUAGAUAUUCUCAGUUUCAUAACUGAGAAAGAGCUGAAAGAAGAAUUGGAGUUGAAAGUGUGGCGUAGUGCCAUACUGAGAGAUUCUUGGAAUUAUAGGAACUUGGACUCGCCUAUGGAUAUCUUACGGGGAACUUUGUUUUAUAAAAUCAUUGAUCUGUCAUUGGAUUUAGGUGCAGAUCCACAAACGUUAUUGCCACCUUUAGACACCCUUAUUGAAGACCAAUCUUUGAACCAUUUGCAAGAAAACAAUAAUUUCAAAUUUCUCAUCAAAACAGCAUAUGAACAUGUUUACCGUUCACAACUGAUAGAAUAAGUGUUGUUUUAGUUGAAUAUA